AUGGCACAACCACCAACUGCAGAGCUGUCUGACUUUGUAGGACUGAAGUGGGUACGACCUACGAUCUGGGGCGCAGAACCGCGUUGGACUAUCGAGCUUGACAAUCAAGCAAUCCUAAGCACCAUUCGAGAUGCACUCAACCUGGUCUACCCUUGCGAGAUCGAGUUCCUUGCUUCCGGUGCUAUGAACAAAGUCUUCGUCGUCAAAUCCGCCGACAGAGAGCUUGUGGCAAGAGUCACCUUGCCAGUGGACCCCAAAUGGAAAACUAUGUGCGAGGUUGCCAGUCUGAAAUGGGUUUCGCAGCAUACCGAUUUGCCAGUCCCCGAAAUGCCUGGGAAGCCACUGGGAGACGUAUGGCGCGAUCUCAGUUUCGAAGCUAGAAGAGGAGUUGUCCGUCAACUGGCCACGUUCUGUGCCGCUUGCUUCCAACAUCAAUUCACGAAAAUCGGAGGCCUUUCACUGGCAGAAGGAAAGUCAGCUACUUCGACUCGGCCCUCGAAGGGGGACGGAGACGAUCAGUCCUCGCUACCUGGAGCAUCUGGGACUGUCUUCGAAGUUGGGCGUAUUGUAUCGAUGGGAUUCUUCUGGGAAGAUCGCAUUCACCAGAAUGUAAACCGAGGACCUUUCUCUACUAGCAAGGAGUGGCUAUCAGCCAAGUUAGAUCUAGUGCACAUUGAAUGCUCUCGACAUAUCGAACGCAUCCGUGCAAAGGCAAAGGGCACGAAUGAAGAGAAGAACAGUCCUGCAGAUGUUUGUUCACGAGACCAGACUGUAGAGGGUAUCGAAGGCGAACAUGUACCGACGGAGAGGUUCAAAGUCGGAAAUGAGCACGAAAUCCAAUUCGGAGAAUACAAACGUAUGAAGAUCGAGGAUGACGAAGUCAACGAAAACGAUACUGCCAACAGUAACAUCGAAGCUAUGCCGAGCACAGAAAAUGAAAAGUUGCAAUCGAAGAAUGAGAUCGUAGCUGGGAAGAUAUACGAAACUGGCGACCAAAGUGACGGCAAUGACGACGACGAUGACGGCGAUGACGACGAUGACGAAGAUGAUCUUGAGGAUUUGGAAGAAACCGAGAGCAUCAUCUCGCGAUUGCGAUCACUCAUGGACGAUUUCUUCCCAGCGAAUGAAACGAAUACCGAGCCUACAAUGCUAUUCCAUGAAGAUCUAUCAUUUCAUAAUGCACUUGUCAGUGAAGAGGGCCAUCUAACAGCUGUCGUGGACUGGGAAUGCAUCUCACUAUCUCCUAUAUGGCUUGCUUGCCAAUACCCUCUACUUCUCCACUCCCAUGACAGCGAAAAGCAGCCCGACAAGAACAUUUACCGGAAGGAUGAGAACGGCGAUGUAGACGAGCUCUAUUGGGAACACCUGACUAACUGGGAGCUCACGCAGCUCCGACGAUAUUUCCUUGAGGAGAUGAAAGUGCUAGCCCCCGGAUGGGUCGAAGUCUUUCAAUCGAGCGAACGACUGAGAGAUUUUUUCUUGGCGGUCGAGACAUGCGAUGACUACAUAUACAUGAGUCACAUCGUCACCUGGCUAAACGAUCUGGAGUCGGGAGACACUGGUUUCAAGGGACUGCGGGAAAGAGUCGAUACCUGGGCUGAUUGAUGCUUCCAGAAAUGAUUCUUGGUCAGCAAGCAGCGGCCCAAGCAUGGUACAAUAAGACGAUCAUGAACCAGUACAAAUCAAGUAGCUGGGAAAUGCAUACAUUCAUCCCUUAUGCAUCUUUCCAUUAGCUA